CCAAGGCUACGUACUUGGUCCGCGGACUGGGAGCCUUCUUAUGAAAUUCAGCCUCAAGAAGGCGACGAGGGGCGGAGCUUGUUGGGCUUUCUUGGGUUAUGAGGAGGACUCCAAGGCAGUUCGUUUCUUGCGGGAAGAUCUCGUUCGGUUGUUGAAGACUUAAGAAAUUGUACAAAAUGGCAUCAGAACAUAUGCCCGCCUUCGAAAUUCUGGGGAACACCUUUUGGGCGUCGCCAGCACAGAGUUAUACAAUCAACGAACUCGGUAUGGGUAUGGCGAAGGGAGAAAAAGAAACGAGACCCCGAGCGGCUCGAAUCCCAGCGGAAACCUGGGAGAAAAUGAGGUCGAACAUCUGUGAAGAAUAUAAGACGAAGACUCUUGAGGAACUGAUUAAGUUUAUUAAAGAUGCAUAUGGCCUGAACGUUACGAAACGCCAACUUGUCUACAGGCUAGGACUUUGGGGAUGCGGAAAGUACAACCUCAAGGAUUACAAAGGCGAACAAGGUAACGAGGACUCCGACCACAACGAUGAAGAAUUCGGCCCAGAUGGCGGUCACGUCAACGAGGCUACCAACGCCUUGUGGCCCACAUCCUGUUUCGAGGCGGGCUCCUACGCGUACGAUCAAGUCAACCAAAACAUCCGAGCAGCGACUGCAAUCUUCGCUGCCGGUGGCGGUAGCGAUGGGUUCGCUUGGACCGCAUAUAAGGACGGCUCACUCAACACCGUUGGGCACGCAAACCGUCUUGUUGCUCUAUGUCGAUCAGCCGAGACGGAAGAACAAUUUCAGGAAUCGUUGGGUGCCCUGGAGCCACACAAGCUUCGGUCAGGUGAUCAACAUAUCCUGAUGUAUGUCCAUGUCUUGGAAAGCAUGAACGAUGAGAGAUAUAGGAACGACAGAUACCAAUUGGAAGGUCCUAUGGCGAGAAACCUCGCCUACGCCGUUUCUGCAAUCCUCGAUAGCUCUGGGAAAGGCUUCCUGCUUAAGGAAGAUGGCACUGUUGAUCUUUUUGCUUUCCAAUUGCUAGACGUCAUCUAUGAACGCUAUUCAGCGCAUCUAGACAAGUCGCAAGAAGGCAAGCUACGAAUCCUCCUGGAUUGCCUGGAAGGCUGGGUCCUCUCGCGAGACAAGAAUGGGGCGACGACGUCUGCGGCCCUCGAUACACUGAGGAAGUGCGUGCAGUGGUGCUACCAGAUGCUUGAAAAAGUCUGCAACGAUUUUGCCAAGACCAAGCGGCCAGUUCUUUGCUGCGCCGAUAGCCAGGAUGAUUUGAUAUGGAAGGAGCACCUUGAAGUGUACGGGACGUUAUGGUACAGACUCGCUUCGCAGCAAGAAGAUGAAAGGGCCGGGAAUGUCGAACGAGAGGAAGAAGGAGAAGAAGAAGGUGCUGACGGGCUUGGGUGGGCCCGUCAUGCCAGGGAGUAUCUCGGCAUCUCGCACGCAGAGGUGCUCUCGUAUGUGUGCUGGGUCUUCGUGAAUCACGAGGCGAGCAGCAUCAUCAUGCACGGUACGGGAACCGUCGACAUGACGACGACGGCGGCGGCGGCAAAUGGGUAUUACGGCGGACUGGGGGGGAAUGGUUACAAUGAGUCAUCUCCGGAGAGCUUGUUCCUGCGAGUCAAGGCCGCGGCUAAUGUGAUGACCGGAGCCGAGCCGAGGGACUUGUGGCAUGGAUUUCUGUAUGCCUUCAAGGAUUUCAACGACCUUACGGGCGGCAACGAUGCGUUUGGAGACGUCGCGGCGAGGGCGGCGGAAUAUAAGCGUUUCAGGGGAUGGAUCGUGGCCGAGUUUGCGGGCUUUGUGAGGGACGCCCUGAAUGAGCUUGAGAUUAGUCUUUUAGAUUUGUAAGGCAAGCGAAGCAAGAGAUUCUUUGUAUUGUACGUGUCCGUGUAUGAAUGAAAGAUGAGGCAGUUCUCAUGGUGAAAUGUUCCAUCAUGAUCUCACAAGCUGUGAUCCCAAUA